AUGGCACGAAGAAUGAGCCUGAUAUUAUCUCUUGCAAUGAAACAGAAGAAGCAUGUUUCAAGGAAGGUGUAGGCUGCUGUUCUCACUCGGAAAGUGACUGUUUGAACAACUACACAGCCCGCAAUGCGUAUGAUAUUUAUAAGACGUGCUCCGGACAAUCAGAGUGUGUAUCACGUGCAGUAGGACAUAACUUACACUGUUUUGAAAAAUACGAGUGGACUACGUACUCAACAAUCUGGUACUCUUGUAUUAAUGUUUCAGAUGUGAUACACUUUUGCGACGACGUCUACACCUGCAAGCAAUCGGCUCACAUAAUUUUUGAUAAGCAAAAACAAGUCUCGUUAAGAGGACGAUCUGAUUGUUCAUGUUUGCUGACUUCCACUGAGAAUUUAGAGGUAACUUAUAUUGACGUAAGGAUGGCAAAGAUUCGCACAGACAUGGGGAUCUCAUACUGCUCUUCAGCAGUGUUGGUCAGCGAUCCAAAUGUAUAUAAAAAUAUACAAUGCAACACAUCGUUAGACGAACAUGAACACUUUGUGUAUCAAUUUAAGAAUAAAACUUCCGUUUCCACGUUGAGUUUAGAGUUAAGGGACCUUUACGCGAAUGGAUCAGACGAUUCACCAGAAUUUGUUUGGAUUUUGGUAGAAGCGCACACAAAAGCAGACAUCAACGUUGUGUGUGGUACAAAAUCACAAAGUGCACCUUGUAAAACCAGUACAACAAGUACAACACCGAGUACAACACCGAGUACAACACCGAGUUAUAAAACAGCAACCAUGGAAACAAACGCAACUCAGUCGGAUGGUUCAUCACGGAUUGCAAUUAUAUCUGGAAUAGCUGCUUCUGCAGGGCUAUUGGUGCUGAUUACCGUGUCGGCACUUUGUGUUAGAAUUUUAAAAAGGCGGAUACUUCGUGAACCGCUAACCCAAAACCAUGUUCCGGUUUACCGUGCGACGGGACAUCAUGAGGCAGGCAGGCCUUCGAGAACAGAUAAAGAUAACUCACAAGAGGAUUUUAGUUGCGGUGAUAGUGGUAUAUAUUUCGAAUUAAGAGGAGAACCGGGUUCUGAUUACACAACAUUAGCAUUCCCUUCAAAUAGUGAACAACAACGACCUGUUCUACCACCAAGACAAAAACCGUCUGUAAAACAUUCACGACAUAAUUUACCAGAACCCAUGACAUUCUUAAGUAUCAGCAAUGUACAUUCGCUUCCUGUUGAUGGACACCAAGUACAGUACAGCGGUACUCGGUCGCAAGACAGGGAACAGGAAUGCAACGACUUUUUAAAACCAUUAGCAGAGAUAUGGCCCUUGUCAGCGAACCAGCUUCCCAGAAAUGCUGAUAAAAUUGGAAAUUAAAACACUAAACAUUAGGUCUUAUAAUUCCCUUUUCGAAUUGGUCUUGUUAUUAACCAUUUCAAUAGUUAUUGUUAUUCACUUUGCGAAUAGAUCUUGUGAUUUACAAUACACUUGGUUAUUUAGUUCA